GUGGGGAUCUGCGUCACGCAGUCGCGUGGGAGUGAGAGAUGUAGCGAGGGAGGAGCAGCCCAACAGUAGGGGAGUUGGGUGGAACGUAUAGUUAGCAGGUCCUUUAUUAUAAACCUCUAUUUCACGUACUCAUAAUUUGUUUUCUCGCCGUGAGAGAACGGAGAAGUGAAGAACGGAGGUUGGAUGAGCGGCGUGAAGAGUUCUGCAGGGAUGGCGGCGGUGUUACCCAGGACCCUUGGGGAGCUCCAGCUCUACAGGAUCCUCCAGAGGGCCAACCUGCUGUCUUACUACGGGGCCUUCAUCCAGCAGGGUGGCGACGACGUGCAGCAGCUGUGUGAGGCGGCCGAGGAGGAGUUCCUGGAGAUCAUGGCCCUGGUGGGCAUGGCCAGCAAGCCCCUCCAUGUUAGGAGGCUCCAGAAGGCCCUGCGAGACUGGGUCACCAACCCGGCCAUGUUCAACCAGCCCCUGGCCUCUCUCCCUGUCUGCAGCAUCCCCGUCUACAAGCUGGAAGCUAACGGUAAUUCUAAGGCUAGCGCCCACGUCACAGUGCCCACUCUACUGGCGGCGGAAUGUGUGGGGGCGUCAGGGGUGGGGGGCGAGGGACGAGGAUGUUCGGCCACUGGGUCUCCAGUGCAGAUUGGCAGCGAACCUCGUUUCUGGGGCUCCUUGUCCUCUCGCGGCGGGGGAGGGGGAGCGGAGAGCGAGCGAAGCCUGUCCCCUGCUGAGUUGACCCUGGGUCUGGGUUCUCCCUCGCCGCCGUCCCCCCGCGGCGAGGAGGUACUAGAUGCCGCAGCGUUGAGGUCGCUGGCAGAGUGCGUGGAGCGGCUGGCCCAGGCGCUGCCCCGGAGCGACCCGUCCGAGGUGAAGGAGGGGCUGCGGGGCAACAAGAAGUUGUCCAAGGUGAUCUGCCACAUCCUGGACAUGGAGGAGGAGGACCCGAGGAGGGAAGAAGAGAUACGCAAGUACAGCGCAAUCUACGGACGCUUUGACUCCAAGAGGAAGGAUGGCAAGCACUUCACGCUUCACGAGCUGACAGUGAAUGAGGCAGCAGCUCAGUUGUGUAUGAAGGAGGUCUCCCUGCUGACCAGGAGAGAAGAGUUGUUUGGUCUGGCUAGACAGGUCUCUCGCGAGGUCACCUACAAGUACACCUACAGGACUAGCAAGUCUCGAUGUUGUGACAGAGAUGAUCCUUCUCACAAGAUGAUCAAAACAGAGGAGGGCUUCUUCGACCUCCAGGAAGCCCUGCAGUCAAUCUACAUGAGAAGGGAGGCCCUGAGAGAGCAGCUGGCCACAGCCAAGUCUAAAGGAGAGGAGACUAUGGGGCGCUGCAUCCAGCUGCAGCUGGAGCGUCUGCUGACCAGACAGAUGGAGAUCCAUCAAGAAGCGCAGGCCCAGGACAGACUGCAGGCCCUGGAGUGGAAGGUCCCUCUGGGGGCCUUCAGGUUGAGUCACAACACUAACCCAAAACACCGUCACCAUGUCAACGGAGUCUCCACUGAUAGCACAAGUCUACCACCAGGGGAGAGGCCACUGAACCUGCAGGUGGAGGGUCAAAAGUCGAAUGGAGACACACCCCUGGGGAAACAACUAGCCAAUGAGCUGAAGAGGCAUCACGGCAACAGGGAGGGAAAGAUACCGCCCACGAGUCACCAUAGCAAUGUCAAGUGCAAAACUCUGACCAUAGAAAAUGGGAACGGGGCUGACUUCUCCCAAGGGGCUCUCAGCCUUUCUGACAAGAAGACCAUCAAAUCAUAGCCAGAGGAUUCCAGAUAGCACCUCUUCUCCUCCUCCUCUUCCUCUUUGUGCAUCCCUCUUUCACAACACAGUCGUCGUUGGGCAAUACUAAACAAGCACAGCUGCAUUAGAGCCUUAACAACCAAUGUUGCCUCAAGAUAAGGGAUUUUACAUGUAGUUUCUUUAUGGCCAAAGCACCUAGAGAGCCUUUAUUUCUCUACUCGUAGAACCCCAGUUUUUGUAUUUUCACUGACUGUGUUGAUUCCCCCUCCCUUCCCUACUCUACCGUUCUCCUUUCUUACUUUCAAGACUGACGGCGAGGGGUCUGUAGAUGUAUUUGUACAUACAGAAUUCUGACACUGAAAA